CAUGAAGCGUUGACCUUUAGCGCUGGCUCGCGUCAUUGUUAUUGUCGUGUCGCUUGCGUGGAAAGUCAUUGAAGCCAAAUAUAAGAGUCGGUGUGGGCAGCCAUGGCGACGGAGUGCUGCAGCUGCGGCUCGGUGUUCAGCGUCAACCGACAACGCGAGGUGCUGAACUGCGGACACCAGCCGUGCCGGCCCUGCCUGGAGGCGAACUCGAGGGGCUCGGAAAAGCGCUGCCCUACCUGCUCCAAGAAGUGCUGCCAGACCCAGAACGAAGGUGCAGUCGUUACUGUUCAGGGGCAUGCGACUGUAAGGCUUGUGCGCUUGGCGGCCGCCGACGUCGCAGCCACGCACGACGCUGUCUCAGAGGAGCUGCAGCACGCGUCGAAUAGCCUAGCAGCUUUGAGAUCAUGGGCCGUCGCCGCCGCCGAGCGCCAGGAUCUCGCCGCCCUCUGCGCGCACGCUGCGUGCGCGGAGCGCGUGCGGGGCGUGCUGCAAGAGGCACUUGCGCUUGUCCACGAGGAGGCCCGUCGAUGCUUGGGGCAGGACCAUGGCGACGCCACGAGCCAGCGGCCCUGCACGGACCAGGAAAGGCCUCAGCAUGCAUCUGAUCAGUGUGUCGGUGCGGAACUCAAGCUGGAGAUGGAGUGCGAAGAAGUUGACGAAAUGACAAAGCAUCAAGACGCAGGCGGCUUGAAGCUAUCCGAAACGCUCAGCAUGGAGGGGCAGCCAACAGUGGGUGCUGACAACGUCUCGAACCCGGAGACAGCAAUCCAGGAACAACCCUCCUCGCCUGAAGUGAAGGUAGAGCCCUGCGAUACUCAGGACGCUGUCGAGCAGCACUCCGGCAACGAUGUCUCCGACCUUCCCGAAGUGGUUCAGGAAGCAGUGGUACAGAGAUCAGCAGAAAACUCGACGCUCAAGGCGGAGAGCAGUUUGCUGGAGUCGCUGCCCGCCGAGCUACUGCACGCGGUGCUGGACUACGUGCCCACGGAGGAGCUUCCGUCUCUGCGUCUGCUGAGCCGCCGCUGGAGCGCGCUGGUGCUGGACGAGUCCCUGUGGCGGUCACGCCGCCUCACUGUCCAUGCCGACCAGGACUCGGCGGCCGUCCUGCGUGUGGCUCCCGCCCUGGCCGAGCUGGCUCUGGAGAUGAGCUAUCCCCCCCUCCGGGGAGUCGAGGCUCUCAGGGCCCUCGCCGAAGGAGCCUGCCAGUGUCUGGUUGAAAGAGGAUACAGAACAUCAAAAGAAGUGGGGCCUUGGGUCUACUUUGCUUGGCAUGGGGGCCUCCAUAAAUGCUUAGAAAUGUACGAAGCUAAGCCUCCUCUGAUGCCUUUAGUAUUAAGGGACAGAGUCAUGAAAGGCUUUUUUCCCUCAUAUCAAAGUUCGUGA